GCUCUUACGAACCAACCAUUGCGACAGAAAGCAGGGGGGAGGCGGUUUGACAAGACACUUCAUGGAAAGAAGAGAUGACACUCAGAGAUCGCGGAGUGCUUUCGAAAUCAGGAAAGUAGCUCGAUUUUUGUAAAUACUAGGGCGACUUCUGCUCUUCAGUCGUAGAGUUUUGCGAAAAUGGCGUCCAGAGCGGCGUUCCCUGCUACCCCGGGCGCCCCGGUGAUGAAUCCCGGGAUGAACUCUCCCGGCCACCCGCGGAUGGCAGCGAUGAAUCCGGCCUACCGAGCAAUGCCGAACCCGGCUAACCAGUAUCCGCAUCCCGGCGUCCCUCCUGUCCGUAACAUGCCCAUGGGCGGAAUGGGUUCCAUGGGGUCUCCGAUGUCCGGGCCGUCGUACGGUGGCACCAUGACCGUUCGGCCCGGCAUGCCCCAAACCGCGAUGGACCCGGCGCGCAAGAGACUCCUGCAGCAGCAGCAGCAACAGCAGCAGCAGCAGCAUGCGGGGGGGAUGAUGGGACAUCGGAGAGGGCUGAAACGACGCAAAAUGGCCGACAAAGUUCUACCCCAGAGGAUCCGGGAUCUGGUUCCUGAGUCUCAGGCGUACAUGGACCUUCUGGCGUUUGAGAGGAAGCUGGACCAGACCAUCGCUCGCAAGCGCAUGGAGAUCCAGGAGGCCAUCAAGAAGCCCAUCACGCAAAAGCGUAAGCUGAGGAUCUACAUCUCAAACACCUGCACACCUGCCAAACCUGAGGGGGAGGAGUCGGAGAAAGUGGCAUCAUGGGAGCUCAGAGUGGAGGGCAAACUCCUGGAGGAUCCCGGGAAACAGAAGAGAAAGUUUUCCUCCUUCUUCAAAAGCCUGGUCAUUGAGCUGGAUAAGGAGCUUUAUGGUCCAGACAACCACCUGGUGGAGUGGCACAGGAUGCCCACCACUCAGGAGACGGACGGCUUUCAGGUGAAGCGGCCGGGAGACGUGAGUGUGAAGUGCACGCUGCUGCUCAUGCUGGACCACCAGCCGCCGCAGUACAAACUGGACCCUCGGUUAGCGCGUCUCCUGGGCGUUCACACUCAGACCCGAGCCAGCAUCAUGCAGGCGCUCUGGCUCUACAUCAAGAACAACAAGCUGCAGGACUGCCACGAGAAAGAGUACAUCAACUGCAACCGCUACUUCAGACAGAUCUUCGCCUGCCCCAGAAUGAGGUUCUCCGAGAUCCCCAUGAAGCUGGCGGGACUCCUGCAGCACCCCGACCCCAUCGUCAUCAACCACGUCAUCAGCGUGGACCCGAACGACCAGAAGAAGACGGCGUGCUUCGACAUCGACGUAGAAGUGGACGAUCCGCUGAAGAGCCAGAUGAGCAGCUUCCUGUCCUCCACCACCAACCAGCAGGAAAUCGCAGCCCUGGAGAUGAAGAUCCAUGAGACCAUCGAGUCAAUAAACCAGCUGAAAACGCAGCGGGACUUCAUGCUGAGCUUCAGCAACAACCCUCAGGACUUCAUCCAGGACUGGCUCAAGUCUCAGAGCCGAGACCUCAAGCUGAUGACGGACACUGCCGGGAACCCAGAGGAGGAGAGGAGGAGUGAGUUCUACCAGGCUCCCUGGAUCCAGGAGGCCGUGGGCCGCUACAUAUUCUCCAAGGUCCAGCAGAGGAGACAGGAGCUGGAGCAGGUACUCGGUAUCCGCCUCACCUAAACCCCAGAGGAAACGUUUUGGAUGGAUGCGUCGAAUUCGAGAUGCUGCAAGUCUUCAUAUUAUUAUGCUUUUUUUUUUUUUUUGCUUAAGAUUUGACGUGAGAUUUCCUCAGGUCACAGAUUUGUCGCGAUUGUAAUUUUGUUUCAUGUAUGAAAGCAUUUUUUUUCUUUAUUGUUCACAUCCUAGUGUGUAUUUGCCUUUUGUUUGGUAUUGCAUACCCAGUUUGGACCGUGUGUGUGUAUGUGUGUGUGUGUGUGUGUGUGUGUGUGUGUGUGGGGUGGGGAACAAGUUUCGAACAAGUUUCUAAGCCAUAACUGCCUUGUUUCUUAUUUUUGCCAAUGAGAUAAAAUGGAAGGUGGAGUUUUAUACAGGUGUCUCUUAUUUAGGAGACUUAACCCAAAAGGUAGUGUUUACUGUGUGUGUGUGUGUGUGUGUGUGUGUGUGUGUGUGUGUGUGUGUGUGUGUGUGUGUGUGUGUGUGUGUGUGUGUCUAGCAUCACUGUGCCAGACAUAACAGUGAGAGAACACAGACGUGUGUUUAUAAACAGCAGGUAGGAGUGUAAGCCAUUUUUAAGUGAUGUAAGAUGGCCUUAAAUGUAAAGAGGAAGUCCGAGUCCUGUUCUCCGGACGUUGAUCCAAGAUCAGAUGACGUUCCAGAUUUACUAAUCCUGAUCAUUCCAAUCAGAGAGCUGGAUUUUGCCUCCGAGCUCCCUCGUAAGAGCGCUAGGUAGAUCGAGACUUGAACCUUGAUCAGCGAUUGGAUAAAGAGAACGGUACUGAAACCUGGAGAGGACAUUUAAAAGUUUUUUGGGUUUUUUUCCUUAUGCACAAUCUUUUAGUUUCAAUGUGGUACUAAACCAGAGUCAGGAAAUCCGCUACUUUGUUUGAGCUUUGUUUGCUAUGUCAAGUUUGAAAUUAAUACAAUUGUUCCCACAUUUUGGUUCAUUUUUGCUCGUCUAAUAAAGUGUGCGUCUUCCGACAAUGCUGUAGAUGGCGGUGGAAAUGCAGUGCCUCACCCACCGAUGAACUUUUCCACAUUACGUCGUGUUAAAACCUGGAAACGAAAUGGACUUAAUUAGGAUUGUGUCAUAAAUCUACACAAAAUAAUCAUAAUAUUGAAGGGGGGUGGGACCAAAAUAGUUUGCAUAAUAUUCUACGAUAAAAAUUGUUGCCCUUUGUUUGGAUUCAUCCUCUUGCCCUCAGCCAUGACCCGUUUCGCCGUCCCUGCUCAUGAAAAGCAUCCCCACGACAUGAUGCUACCACCACCAUGCUUCAUGGUGUUCUCAGGGUGAUGAGCAGUGUUGCAUUUCCUCACAAAAUUGUUCGAAGUAUAGGAUUUAUAUAUAUAUUUUUUUAAUAACCAAACCCUUGAUACGUUUCCAGAACGUUGUCCUGGAGCUGUUUUGGCAGCUCCUUGGUCGUUAUGAUGCUGUAUAUUUAUGUGAAAAACUCCAGAAACCGUAUUUAUAUUUUCAUAGGAGAUCAUAGGAUAUUUUAAUUGCACACAAAGUUCCCCCAUGACUCAUUUAGGGGUUUUACAGCAAGCAAAAAUUUUCACAACUUCACAAAUCCAUGACAUAUCAUCCCAGAUAAAUCCAUUUCAGUUCUACAUAAUGUGGAAAAGUUCAAAGGAGGCAGGGGGUGAAAACUUACGCACAGCACUGUGUAUCUUACAAGCUAACGCUUUAAUUAAAGACGUCCAUCCAUAGCGCAGACUUGAGCACUCCGUCUAAGCUGUAUUCUCGUUCAUAUGAACCAAAGUGUGGAAAUGAUGAA